AUGUUGGGCACCGUGGUGGGCGUCGUGGGCCUCCUGAGCGUAACGGCGGUGGCGCAGAGCACGGACAUCCAACCGUCGACCUAUACGGUCCCGGGUGCCUUCCCCACGUCUUUAUAUUCUAGCUACUACAAUAAUCCGACUGCCACCUCAGCGCAGGCUCAGCCGGUGAUAUCUGACCCCGUCACUCACGAGAUCUACUCAUUCUCGCUCACCGAUCCGAAUAACAUCCCACAAAAUGACACAGUAGACCCUCACCUGCUUCCUCCACCGGCUACAUCCUCGGCUCUUGUCACACAUGCAAUCGCUCAACUCGCCUCCAUAGCUGCUAAUCCUGUCUUCGGGGAUAACACUUGCGCAAGAUGUCAAGCAGGACUUGAAGUAGCCAAGUUCGCUGUUUUGGCAGCUCCGGAAAUCGGGCCUGAUUUGGCCGUCGCCGCUUGCCAAUAUUUUGACUUUGACUCGGAAUGCCAACUGACAUACAUGUUGAACAACCUGGGAGGAGUCGUUACGCAGCUCCUAGCCUUCGCUGAUGUUGGAGGUUAUGACGGGCAGGCUAUAUGCGCCAAUUUCCUCGGCUCGUGCGACAUGCCACUGACAACACCUCUAAAUUCGACCGAGUGGUUCGCUAAGCCCAAGCCCGACCCUCUCCCUACCCCUAGGCAGCCUACCGGCGAGAGACUCAAGGUCUUGCAUAUCUCAGACGCGCAUAUCGACCCUCGAUAUACCACAGGCGCCGAGUCUAAUUGCAGCGACUAUCUUUGCUGCCGUCCUAACGUGUACAGCAAUGACGGCCCUGGUACUAUAACCGUUCCUGCGCCCCGUUACGGUGCAUACUACUGCGACUCCCCUUAUGCCCUAAUUACGGCUGCUUUGGAGUCAAUCCCUGUGCUAGCUGGAACCCAGGAGACUGGCUUCGACUGGACCAUUUUCACUGGAGACUUGGUCAGCCAUGAUCCUGAUUAUCAGUUGCAAAGGUCUUACAUUAUGUACACCGAAACUGUUCUAUACGACCUGUUCAAGCGGCUCCUGGGUUCCGGUCCUGUCUAUCCGUCACUUGGAAACCACGAUACACACAAUGAAGCGCAAGAUGCCCCUUACUCACUCGGUGGAUACCUUGCCGAACAGUUUAGCUGGAAUUAUGAUCACGUCUCCUCGCUCUGGGAGUAUGAAGGAUGGAUCAAUGAAACUGUUGCUAACUAUGCUCGGACGCAUUAUGCUGCAUACAUGGUCAGACGCACUGAUGGUCUACGUAUUAUCACCCUCAAUACCGACUUCUGGUAUCGCGCUAACUACUUCAAUUACAUCAACAUGACAAACCCGGACCCCUAUGGAAUGCUGAGAUUUGUCACUGACGAGCUGCAAGACGCUGAAGACGCAGGAGACAGGGUCUGGAUCAUCGGACAUGUCUUACCGGGAUGGGAUGGCACGAACGCGUUGUACAACCCCACAGAUCUUUUCUACCAGAUCAUCGACCGCUAUUCGCCGCACGUUAUCGCAAACGUAUUCUUCGGGCACUCACACGAGGAUGAGUUAUCGAUCUACUAUACAAAUAAUGGUACAAAUAUGAGUGCAGCAACAGCUCUCACCCCCACAUGGGUAUGCCCGUCAAUCACACCACUCACCAACCUCAACUCCGGGUUCCGUAUCUACGAAGUGGAUUCUGGAACUUUCGACAUCCUGGAUGCUCAUACUUAUUGGGCGGACGUCAAUACAUUCGCCGAGCUCGAUAACCAGACGGAAUAUGGUCCGGCUUAUCGUUAUGAAUACAACACCCGUGAAACUUAUGGCGCCAACAUAACAUGGGGUCUCAAUGAUCCGCUCAACGCAACUUGGUGGCACCUCGUUACAGAAGCAAUGGAGGCUGAGCCGUCUCUGGUAUCGACCUUCAACACCUACGAGGGAAAGAGCUCCGUUCGCACUCAACCCUGCACCGGUGAAUGUGCGACCGCCAAGAUUUGCUACAUGCGAAGCGGUUCUGCUAGUUUGGCUGCUCAGAACUGUCCAUCUGGAUACGGGUCUGUGCAGUAG